AUGGACGUAUAUGUAAAAUGUUACUUCACUGUCCUGAGUUUUAAAUUGCAUUUUCAGCCUGUUUUGAUUAGCGCUGAAACUGGUGAAGCUGUUGAUGAUGUUGCCGUGGAGUCAAGCUAUUCACUGGAAAACAGUAGCCUAGACAGGACUUGUACACUUCACACAGUGGACAGCGCUAUAAAAGGGACGACAGUUGGAACGAUGGCUGCUGACCCUUCCAAUUUUGCCGUCGACUUGCAUCGUCUUCAAACAGUGAUGGAUGGAUGCGACAUGUGUGGUACACAAAAUGUUAUUAAUAAUUCUCAGCAGCACUAUGAUUCGACGGCACUUUAUGCCGACCGAAAAGCACCAGUGGAUGCCUCGGAGACAUCGUCGAUUUCUUCCGGGACUGAAGGACUGGUAAUAGACACCAGGUCGAACAGUCCAACGGGCCCAGAUGUGAACCAGGACACCUCCAACUUGCUAGCAGUUUCUGAUGGCAAAAAGUCACCUCAACGUUCCUCUAACUGCUGUCCUCCACUGGGAAUUUAUCGUGAGAAUUUGAACGAACUUGUUGCCGUAAUUCCGAUCACAGCAAGCAACGAUCGCACAUUAGAGAGGAAAAACAAGCACCACCAUCAUCAUCGUCAUCAGGCAACAUCGUCGGAUUCUGCGAAAAGCACCAAAUUGACCGAGCAUUUGCAUAACCCAGAAAAUGGUUCAAGUCUCUCCGAUAUAAAUGCCUUGCUUGCCUCUGGCAAUGCUGCUCUUUUAAGCGCCGCUGUGAACAGUUUCCUGUUGGCCAGUGCAGGUAAUUCAAUGCUUUAA